UCAAUAACAUUUCCAACAUUACCAGCAAAUUGAAGGUACAGGCAAUAAAUGGUACUAGAAGAUUAGAGGGUCUCUAUAUAGAGUACAUAUUAGCAUAUCGAUGAACCAAAAAUACACAUUUAAGUGCUACCUUCCAUGGAUACUCUACCGCGACAAUUUACAGCAUUGUGGUUCUGUGGACUUUGGGAAGAAAGCAGUAUUAAAUUUUCACUCAAAAGAAAAUUCUACCGAAUAGUAGUAUUAACUCUGAUAUAUGCUUUCACAUUGUCAGAAAUUAUACAAUUCUCCCUCACUUGCGAAAGUCUCGAAAAUUUCGUCGAAAUAUAUCCUUCUCUUACAUACAUUGUCUUUUGUUGGAAGGUGUUGAAUUUCAUUAGGAAAGAAAGUGCAAUGCGACAGAUGUUAAGUAAUUUUCAAGAGAGCUCAUUCAAACCAAGGACAACUGAAGAAUUUAUUAUUUUGGAUAAAUAUCUCAACAAAUCUCAACUAAUUUGCAAAUACAUUACAUCGGUUCUUCUCUUGUGUGGUAUUUCGAUAGUGUUGACACCUUUAUUGAAAUGGGGAGAAGGUGUAGAACUUCCUUUUAAUUUAUAUUAUCCUUUCGAAGUGACGAAGCCAACUGUAUUUGUUAUUACUUAUGUUUUUCAAUCUGCGCUCAAUACUUUUUCGAUUUUUAUAAACAUCACUUUGGACACAACAGUUUAUGGAUUCCUGCUUUUGACUAUUGGGCAAUUUGAAUUAUUUGCAUUCAGAUUAGAAAAAGUCAGUGCAGAUGAAAAAUUGAUCAAGGAAUUUGUUAAACACCAUGUCCGGAUUUUGAGGCUUGUGAAGCAGAUUGAGUCGUUUUUCAUGAUUGCCAUUUUACCAUUCUUUAUGUGCAGCCUCUUAAUUCUUUGCACAAUUAUAUUCCAGAUAGCACAGGAGGAGAAUACGUUAAACGGAAAUUGGUUCCAAUUUUUCACAUUGGUACAAUACGUAAUUUGUGUGCUCUCUCAAAUAUUCCUAUACUGCUGGUACGGCUGUAGAGUUGACGAAAAGAGCAAAGAUGUUGCUUCGGCAAUUUAUUAUAGUAACUGGGUAUUUUCGACGCAUGCAGACAGAAAAAGUUUAUCCUUAAUGAUGAUUAAUGCUGAUGGAGGAUCUCCGAUUUCUUUUAGAAGCUUAUGCUCAUUAAAUCUACAAACUUUUGGAUGGGUGAUAAAAACUUCGUACGCUGCGGUGAACUUAUUGAAACAGGCUGCUGUUGCGUAAAACAAACAAAAUGAUAAAAUUAUGCCAAAAAGAAAAAAUCAUUCAAAAACAGAUGAAAAGGAAAUUUGAAAUAUUUUUUAAGUUUUAUAAUCUGUGUGAUAAUUAAUAUUGUUUACGAAAAAGGCUUU